UUGAGCUAGUACGUAUUGGGAUUAAAGCAAAAGUCAGCUGAUGCGGGAAAAUCGAGAUGUGGAAAUCUAAAGUUUGCGAGAGUCGAUUUUAAGAGGGUAAACGCUCUUAGCUGUCUACGACUUAGUUUCGUCUUCAAUAUGAAGACAUCAUGGCUUCCCGCAAGUCUAAGGGAAGGCCUUAGAUGUGCCUAUUCCAAUCAACCAACUCUUCCCAGAACCCUACUACGAAAUCGAAUUCCCUUGUCAUCACCUUCGAGAUCCUUCACAACCACCGCACAACUUCGAGACAGCAUUGCGGCUCGGGAAAUAAAUUUCUCAAAUGAAGAACGAGGAGAUACCGGGGAACAAGGGCCACCAAAGUUCUACGCACGUCUUGUUCCUUAUUCGCCAUCAUAUUUCACAGCUCAACCUUCAUAUACCGAUAACCUUCUCCGCUUGCAAAGCCUCCUGCGCAAAUACUCACAACUUCCUGUUGUACAACCAGGAGAGGCGCCGCGAGUGGCAUGGAGAUCUCUUAUGGAAUAUAGAGAUCAAACUGGAGAGGCAGUGCGGUCAUCAAAAUAUCAUAAGCUUGUGGAGACACUGCAUCGACUCAAUCACAUUCAUCCAUCUGUGAUGCCCCCAGAUGUGAAGGAAGCUAUCAACAUAUACAAACGUGAUAUAAACCCACACGAGAAUCUCGCAAAACCUAUACCCAUUGAUUCAUUUGGACGGGCACUAGGAGUUGGAAGGAGGAAAUCAUCUGUGGCGAGAGCGUACUUGGUAGAGGGCACAGGGGAGGUACUUAUUAAUGGGAAAACACUGGCGGAGGCUUUUGGCAGACAUCAUGAUAGGGAAAGUGCCAUUUGGGCUUUGAAAGCUACGGAUAGAAUUGAUAAGUAUAACCUUUGGGCUCUGGUUAGCGGAGGUGGGACCACAGGGCAAGCGGAAGCUUUGACGUUAGCUGUGGGGAAGGCUUUACUUUCACAUGAACCGGCUUUGAAGCCUGCAUUACGGAGAGGUAAGUUCUUUGGAUUUCAUCACAUUAUCCACUUCCCAUCCAUAAAAUCGAGUCAAUACUUGAAGCAUGAAAUACUAACAUAUUCUCCAGCCGGAUGUGUAACUCGUGAUCCAAGAACAGUGGAGAGAAAGAAGCCAGGUCAUGUCAAGGCCAGAAAAAUGCCUGCCUGGGUCAAGAGAUAGUUUUAUAUCUAUUGUAUCAGUACAUAUGGUGUAUGGGUUUUCAGUAGCUUGGUAUAUUCAACACAUAAGAAAUAUGAAAAUGAAUGAAUACCCGUUAAUAUUCAAACAUAUAUUCCAGACAUCGAUAUUACAACGUCAGGUAUUUCUCUAGGCCAUAUUCCAAGGCAAGUUAGUAUGUCGGUAGGCAUAUGGAAUCGUGAACUGCGCCAUUACAACAUCAAUCUCGCAGAAGCUAUCCAAUACUCAACACCAGCAAGUGCAGCUAUCCUUUAAUCUCA